CCCCGACCCCCUCCUUCGACGCCACCAUUACACUCGGAAUGAGCCAGCAGACAACGAAGUCAAGCAGAUGAAAUUUUGGUUUCGAGUUCACAUGAUCAGAAUACGAAAUUGUAUUGGAUGGGUUUACACGAUCUUGUGGAGAAAUUUGUUUUAUGAAAAGGAAACUGUUUGACACGUUAACACACUGGAAUACAUACGAACUUUUGAUGUGAGCGUAUUAAUUAUUUGUGUGCACACGGCGCAGGAGCGGUUGGAUAUUAUAUCUUGAAUGUGAAGAUCAACUGAGGUUCAGGGAGUCGAAUCCAAGAUGGGUGCUUGUAUGUCUGGAUCGAGACUCCAAUGGAAGAACACGGCUAAGAAACCAAUGAAGAUUCUCAUUGUAGGAUUAAAUGGUGCUGGGAAGACGACCAUCCUCUACCGGUUGAUGUUGAAAGAGCAUGUAUUUACUACACCUACCUUGGGAUUUAACUCGGAGACCUUUACCCCAAUGACUGGUUCCACAUUCACUAUGCUUGAUCUUGGAGAUUGGCCUAAACUCAGGGAGCGAGAUUGGCAUCAUUACCAAGAAGCUGAAGGGAUCGCUUUCGUGGUUGACAGUGCCGACCCUGGCUCACUGGGAAAUGCCAGAGAUUUUCUUUUCAAAGUCCUCAAACUACAAGGUCUCCCAAGAGGAAUUCCUGUCGUCGUCUUUGCGAAUAAGCAAGAGCUCUCCGGUGCGUGUGACAUCUAUCACAUACUGGAAGCCAUGGCGCUUCACUCUGUCUAUACAAACCCCUGGUAUCUCCAAGCUGCUAGUGCCGCCAACGGUGAGGGUCUUCAAGAAGGCAUCAAAGAACUUGGUCAGAUGAUCCAGAGAUAUCGUCAACGAAACACGCUCAGACGAAGAAGAUCACGUGGUUCACGGGUCCAAUAGGAUCGAUAUAAAAAGACUCCAAAGAGAAACGUUGAAAAUACUUGUCGGCUUGAUUGAAUGAUGUUUGAUAUUUUUAACUUGGUCACAUGCAUAAUCACCGCCAGCACGUGACAGCUAGCCCCGAUGAAGCAAUUAUAUCGACACUGGCAACUAAUACGCGAAGACAAGCCGCUUACAUAAAAUUCACCCAGAUAUCCGGUUUGCAUCUCGAUUAUUGAUAAAUUCCUGGAUUCGUAUAUAUGGCUGCAUUUUUCGAUUCUUUCCUUUAUGAAAUGGCGUUUACGUUACAAUUCUUCUUCAGACAUAUUCACCACCUGCACCCCACGCAUUAUUCAUCUUCGUAAUGAUUGUGACAUUUUUGCACAUUACAGGUAUUUCUGAUGAUUUUUUUGAUAAGGUAUCAGUCCUAAUUGCUAACAAGUCCUUAGUAAAGAAAUUUGAACUUAAAAUCACAUCGAACCCAAACACCUUCUUACAAAUAUUUCCUCUUUCUUGGCAUUCAGAUAUAAAGAAAAACACUCAGAAGUAAAAUAUAACAAUAUGUAACGUUGUAGAUUUCAAGUGGCUAUAAAUAUACAGUCAAUCAAAAGUAAGCCUACAACAUCUAACUUUUAUCACUUGGUAUUCAAAAGACGCAUAUUAUCUAAAUUUCAAUAUAGAAUUCCACUUUUUUAUACAAAAAAUUCACUGUACAUAGUCUUCUUUUUAAUUUUGAAUAGGAAUGCUGAUGUUAUCUUGCAAUAUGAUAUAUUGCAAGAUAUUAUUUGCAUUAAAAUGGUAAUAAAUAUUUUUAGUUUAACAAUUAUUCUCUGCAUAUCAUGCAGAGAAUAGUUUUUGACCUAAAUAGUUUAGUUACCGUUAAUUGGUUGAUGUUAAACUUGCUAUCUUUUUCUUAUUUCCUAUAAAGUUUCUUCUAGUUCAAUGACUUAAAAUCAUAGAGCAAAUCCCGAAUUCGAUAUUCUGAACCACCUAUGUUGAUUCUUACUAACACAGCUUAUGGACAGGACCGAUUUACACUGUCAUGAUUUAUCCACAAGAAAUGAAUAUUGAGAGAAUUUUAUGGCUAAAUUCAAAGGUAGAUACCUAUUUAAAAUUAAUACACCGACCAGUAACAAUAAAUGUGUUUCAUAUUUUACUUUAAAAAAUGUGUUUUACCCGAUUUGUAUAGUUAACGCCAAUUCCCUCUCGCUGAAACUUUUCGAGUAACUUUUUAAAGACAUAGAAAUAAUUAACAGAUGAUGUAUCUCGAAUUUUGUUAUUUUACCAAGUGGUUGUACCAAUAUUGACAAGGAUGAUAUUUGUCAGUCAAUUUAAUGUUACUAUAUCUGUUGCUCUGAAUUUUUUACACCGUUAAACAAUUACUGUAUACACAUUUUAUAUCACUGUAAAUACCAGUCACGCCCGCCAUUGCUAUGACUGACGCAAAGUCUGUUAUUGUCCAUAUGUGUUGUAUAUUCUCCUUGAAUUCUAUGUGCAGGUAUUUUGUGCAAUAAAUGCUCUUGUAUUUAACUACUAUAGAAUAGCAGUGUGUCUAUAUUUUCGGCUAAAUCAUCAUCUUUUUUUACUGAAUGAAAGUCACAACACAUAUAUUUCUGUUUUAGAUACUGCAAACGUUUAUUUCAAACGAAGAAAAUUGUCGCAUAGCACAAUUAACUAGAUUAACUAGUCAUUUUGACUGAUUUGUUUUGAGAGUGCAUGGUGGAACUCAAUUAAUUUGAAGAAAAAAAAUCAUGAAGAAAUAAGAAUUGAAAUUAUCUUUUUCGUCAUUAACAUGAUUAAAGCAUUCAUAAAGAACACGGUAAAACAUAAGAAACAUCCAAUCUUAAGCACAUUUUCGUUUUCCCGUAGUUAUAGGCAAUAGUUUGGACUAGAUGAUAAUUUCGACCAUAUUUCAGAAUGCGGGCCACAUGCUUAAACUCCUGUUACAUAUCCAUGGCUUCUUCCUAGCUGACACAUUAGGCAAGACCAAGAUGCAUUCUGCUUCGGCGUUAAUUGAGUAUACAAUUUUCUCUCUCAAAGAGAUAAAUGGUUACACAACAAAAAUAAACAUUUAUGUACGAACUAAAAGGAGAAUAUUACUUGUAAAUGAUUUGUAUAUCAAAUUUGAAAAGAUGUGUACAUUAACGAAAUUCACAGCAUACUAAUUAUUACUGUUUCAAAUAUUGCAAAGUUUCUUUAGAGUAAAGUAUAUUUUAGCACAUCAUAAGUUCAGUCCUAAAAAUUACACAUUAUUUUUACCUGAUCAUAAUCAAUUAUUAUCCAUUAAGAUUUACUGUUAUCUUGGCACUCAUAUACGACUCCUUUCCUUUUUUUCUUAAUAUCUAAUUCCCGCUCUCUUUCUCUUUGUUGUACAUGUAAAAUCAUUAUAGGCAUUAGCAUAGUAUCAUAGAACGCUAUCAGUACCAAUGCAAACAAAAAUAAAUAAAAUAAGCACAGUUCAUUCAUCCAUCCAUCCAUCUAUUCAUUCAUUCAUUCAUUCAUGCAUUCAUCAUGUUCAUUCAUUCGAAUAUGCCUCAUUUUGAUUGAACAUGUUGAAAAGAAAGUAUCAUUAAAAUAAGGUUCUUCCACAAUCGAAAGAGCAAAUAUCGAGUAUAAAAUGAACGAGCCUCAUCAUAUGCAUUAGAAAAUAAUGAAAGUGAGAAACUAAAUCAUAUAUAUGUUUCAAUCAUUCAUUAAAAUAAUUCUAUACUCAAGUUUCCCUUUAUAGUUUGUACGCAAUUUAGCGUUUUCUCUGAGUACCUGAUUAUGAGUAUACAUUAUAUAGUGAGUAUAACAAUGGAAAUCAAUAUUUUAGAUGAAAAUGUGAUUCUGUUCCUCAUUAUUCAAACAUAAAUUUUGCCAUCGAUGGCAACUACAACAAAUAAUGAUUUAGUGUAAUUUUCUAUGACUGGUAAAUGUACCGCCAAGGUCAAUUCAAUUCAAGCAAGAAAGUCCUGAGGUAUUUAAUAAUGCCGUUCUUCAAGUUGCGCUGGUUUUGUUGUGCAUCUACGAACUGUAUGCAGGUUAUUUAUUACUUCAUGAAACACUACAUCUUUCCAGCUACAGAAAACAAAACAUGCAUUCGCUUAUCAAAAUCCUCUUCAAAUUUGAAAAAAAGUAA